UAAAUUCCUUAUUCCUCACUUUAUAUUUCGUGUUAUAUUAUGUUACUUGGUUAGGUGUUUUAUUACGUUCCUUAUGUAAUUGGGUUGUGUGUUACAUAACGUUCCUUAUGUUACUUUAUACAGCGUUAGGAUUCAUUCACUGUUACGUCACGUUCUGUAUGUUACGGUGUUAUUUUAUUGUUACUCUUCGUUCCUUGUUAUGUGACUGAAGUUCUUUUUUUUGCGUUACAUUCAUCAUAACAUCACGGGGGUUGUUACGUUACGUUCAUUAUAACACCACCGGCGUUCUUUGUUCUUUUCUCACUUUCGUUCCUUAUAUGUAAAACACCUGACGUGAACAUUUGUGCUGUAGUGGGUUGGAUGUUCACUGUUGUCGGAGAACACUGCAGAACACCAUGGAGAACACGACCAGCACGCCCACCUCUCACCACCUAGAUGAACAACACCAGAAGAGAAAGCGUCAGGUAGGGGAGGAGGAAGACGAGUUAUCUGAGGUAGAGCCUGACGCCGUGCCCCAGGAGGUGAGAGAGUGGCUCGCCUCCACCUUCACCCGCCAGCUCUCCACCGCCCGCAGGAAGAAUGACGAGAAGCCAAGGUUCAGGUCGGUGGCCAACGCCAUCCGUGCCGGCAUCUUCGUGGAGAGAAUCUAUCGUCGCCUCUCCUCCGCCACCUUCCUCCAGUUGCCACCAGAGGUCACAAAGAUCCUCAAGAGUGUAGAUGACUGGCAAUUUGAUGUGUGGAAGCUACAAGAGGCGAGUAACAACACACCGCUCCGCUGCCUGGCAUAUGAGUUACUGAACCGCUAUGGCCUUUUACACAAAUUUAAAAUGCCUCCUGCCACCCUGGAGACAUUCCUGACACAAGUGGAAACUGGUUACUGCAAGUACAAGAACCCUUACCAUAACAACGUACAUGCUGCUGACGUCCUCCAGACCAUGCACUACAUGCUCUCCCAGACCGGCCUCAUGAACUGGCUGAAUGAUGUGGAGAUUCUGGCAACACUGAUGGCAGCUCUCGUCCAUGACUACGAGCACACUGGCACCACCAACAACUUCCAUGUAAUGUCUGGCUCUGAAACAGCCAUCCUGUACAAUGAUCGUGCAGUUCUUGAGAACCACCACAUCUGUGCAGCCUUCAGACUAUUGCGUGCAGAAGAACACAACGUCUUGGUGAACCUGUCUCGGGAGGAGUACCGUGAGUUCCGCACCCUCGUGAUAGAGAUGGUGCUGGCCACUGACAUGUCAUCACACUUCCAACAGAUCAAGGCCAUGAAGACCAUGUUGUCCCUACAGGACUCCAGGUAGUUUAUUGCCUCUUUCUCCAC